AUGUCCAAAAUCAGACCAACCCUCCGCAAGGCUACCUCCCUCCUCCGCCAUCUGAAAUCCCCUCACCGAGCGCACUCCACCUCCGUCUCCGCCGAUGAACUAUCUCACUUCUCCUCCCUCGCCAGCAGCUGGUGGGAUCCCAUGGGCCCCAGCCGGGUCCUCCAUCUCAUGAACCCCCUCCGUCAUGACUUCAUCGCAUCCUGUCUAUUCGAUAGCCUCCCACCACCACGCGCCAGCACACCCGAAAACCCCACCCCAACCCCAGUCAACAACCUCCGCUAUCUCGACGUCGGCUGCGGCGGCGGCAUCUUCGCCGAAUCCCUGGCCCGCACGAUCCCCACGAACGCCAACAGCCCCUCCCAAACAGUCACCCAAGCAGCCUCCAUAACCGCCAUCGACCCAACCUCAGCGCUCAUCAAAAUCGCUGGCGACCACGCGCGCAUGGAUCCCAAAGUCGAAGCGCACCUCCGCGACGGCAAAUUCACCUACAAGAACUGCACGCUGGAGGACGUUGUCGCAUCACUGCGUGAGACGCCUGAGGAUGAGAAAUUCGACAUAGUCACGCUCUUUGAGGUUCUCGAGCAUGUUGACUCCAAUGCCACUUCGUCGCCUCUUGCCUUUUUGACGAACUGUCUUCGGGUUCUUCGUCCUGGUGGAUGGUUGGUUGGGUCGACUAUUGCACGCACUUUCCCCUCGUUUCUCGUCAACCAAGUCAUUGCCGAGGCGCCGUGGCCGAUUGGUGUUGUGCCAAAGGGGACGCACGAGUGGAGCAAGUUUGUUAAUCCCGAUGAGCUGUAUGCUUGGGCUCAGGAGGGUCUGAUGCGGAGUCAGGAUGGAACGGCGCUGCGUGCUGGAGGUGAUGCGUUGCAAGGUAUGAGGUGGAAGUGCUCUGGAGUGAUGUAUUUCCCUGGUAUAGGCUGGAAGUUGGUUCCUGGAUCGGAGUACUGGGGCAACUAUUUCUGGGCUAUCAGGAAGGAGCUUUGA